AUGCACCCUGACAACAAACUGCCCAGCCAUGGCAAGGCAGGCAGCAGCGGUGCCCCAGCCCAGCACCACAACGUGAGCCAAGCACCCACCUGCAACCUGGGCUCUAAGGGUGUGGGGGCAGGCAGCCAUGGCGGCAAGGCCACUCAGAUCUCCCCUGGCAACUCUGGACUGAAAAACAGCCAGACCACUGUCCCAAACUUCAGCUCCUUGAAGGGCAAGGUGAAACGGGAACGAAGCAUCUCUGUGGACUCUGGAGAACAGCGAGAAGCCAGCACCCCUUCGCAGGACACAGAUUCAAAAGGUGAGGUGGCUCCCCGCAGCAAGCGACGGUGCGUGCUGGAAAGGAAGCAGCCCUACAGCGGGGACGAAUGGUGCUCUGGGCCAGACAGCGAGGAGGACGACAAGCCCAUCAGCAGUGCACACAAUUGUAAUGUAGCAGAUCCUGCAAUGUCCACGGCCUCACAGCUUGGCCCAGGGUCCAACCCGCUGCCGAACCUCAACGAGACCAGUUCUGCCAGCGUGCCUCAUGGUGCUGCCCCCGGCUUGCGGUCAGAUGCUGCAGGAGGUGGAAGCGGUGGAACAGGGAAGCCGCCGUCGCAGUUUGUUUACGUCUUUACAACGCACCUUGCCAACACAGCUGCAGAAGCUGUCCUGCAGGGCCGAGCUGACUCCAUUUUGGCCUACCAUCAGCAGAACGUCCCACGGGCAAAACUAGACCAGGCACCAGCUCCUAAAGUACUGGGGGUUGCUGAGCCGCUUCCAAUUAACCCUCCUGCUGCCAACACUCCGCAGUCCCAGCCACCGGCACCUCAAGCAAGUCAGCCGCAGCCUCCCCCGCCGCAGCCUCCACCCCCGCCUCAGACCAUCAGCCAAGCGCCUUUGCCUGCCCCCAGCAGCCUGCCCCAGGAAGGGACAAGCGAAGAUGUCCGUAGAGAUCUGACUCCCAACUCUUUGGGGAACAACAGCAGCAGCAACCAGCCUGGAAGUAACCACCCAAAUACGCCCACUGCCUCUGCCAACACCAUGCAGCCCGGGCAAGUGGACUCCUCCGCCGUGUCCAGCUCCAGCCUGCUCGGGGAGGGCCCGGGCCCGGCAAUGCCAGGGAACAGCCAGGCAGGCCUGGGCCCCAGGAACCCCCUGAACUCGGAAGGGCUCUCAAAGGAGCAGCUGGAGCACCGCGAGCGCUCUCUGCAGACCCUGCGGGACAUUGAGCGCCUGCUGCUGCGCGGCGGGGAGGCCGAGCCCUUCAUGAAGUCUGGCCAAAACGUGGGCGAGGGCGGGACUGCCCCUCAGCCACAGGCUGCCCCUGCUCAGCCCCCCGCACCCCCCGCCAGCAUGAAGAAGUAUGAAGAGCCUCUGCAGUCCAUGAUCUCCCAGACCCAGAGCCUUGGUGGGCCCAGCCUGGAGCACGAGGUGCCCCACCACCCCAGUGCUGACAUGGGGCAGCAGAUGAACAUGAUGAUGCAGCGGCUGAACCAGGACAGCCUGACACCGGAGCAAGUGGCCUGGAGGAAGCUGCAGGAAGAGUACUAUGAGGAGAAGCGGCGUAAAGAGGAGCAGAUCAGCAUCCAUGGCCGGCCCAUGCAGGAGAUCAUGAUCCCACAAUCAAUGGGGAGCAUGAUGAUGCGUGGGCCCCCGCCGCCAUACCACAGCAAGCCUGGCGAGCAGUGGCCACCAGGGAUGGGCAGCCAGCUGCGGGGACCCAUUGACGUGCAGGACCCAAUGCAGCUGCGGGGGGGGCCACCCUUCCCGGGGCCACGGUUCCCUGGGAAUCAAAUGCAGAGAGUUUCCGGCUUUGGAGGGAUGCAGAACAUGCCCCUGGAUGCUCUUGGGCCGAUGAACGCCAUGCAGAGGCCGGUCAGGCCCAGCAUGGGAUGGAGCGAUGAUAUGCCUCCUAUGGGAGGCCCUGGUAACUUUCCACAAGGCACCCUGCCCUACCCGUCAGGGCAAGGGGACCCUGAAAGGUUCAUGAAUCCUCGUGCCAGGGAGGAGAUCCUGCGGCAUCAGCUGAUGGAGAAACGCCCUGUGGCAAUGCAGAGGCCCAUGGGGAUAUCUGGCAACUCCAUGAGCCAGGGCAUGGAAAUGGAUAGGAUGAUACAGGCUCACAGGCAGAUGGAUCCAUCCAUGUUCACUGGGCAGAUCACGGGGGACAGCCUGAGCAGUGCACCCAUGGGAAUGGAUUUUGCAGGCACUCGGGGGAUGCUGAGCCCCCCCAUGAGUCAGUCGGGCCUUCGGGACAUGGACGCACCCAUGGGCCCUGGCAACCUCAACAUGAACAUGAAUGUCAACAUGAACAUGAACAUGAACCUCAAUGUCCAGAUGACCCCGCAGCAGCAGAUGAUGAUGUCACAGAAGAUGAGGGGCCCCGAGAUGAUGGCUCAUCAGGGCAUGAGCCCUGAGGAGCUGGCCAGGGCGAGGGCUCAGAAUGGCAAUGGCAGUGCAAUGCUGGGGGGACCCCAGAAGAUGAUGAUCCCCUCCCAGUUCCCCAGCCAAGGACAGCAAGGCUUCUCAAGCGGGCAAGGGCCUUAUCCCAACAUGCCCCAGGAGAUAGGCAGUGGCUCGGACAUGUUCAGCCCCGAGCAGGGCACCAUGCCCGUUGGCAGCAUCAGUGGCACCACCAGGCUCAGCCACAUCCCACUGCCUCCAGCCUCCAACCCCGCUACCGCGCAGGGGGGAAACCUGGCCAACAUGCACCCGGCUCCUUCCCGGGGUCUGGGCCGCAGGCCCUCUGACCUCACCAUCAACAUCAGCCAGAUGAACUCCCCCAGCAUGGGCCACCUCAAGUCUCCCACCCUCAGCCAGGUGCACUCGCCGCUGGUCACCUCCCCCUCUGCCAACCUCAAGUCCCCGCAGACGCCCUCACAGAUGGUCAGCAUGCCGCCUACUAACCAGUCCGGACCCCUCAAGUCCCCACAGGUGAUGAGCUCCUCGCUGAAUGUCCGGUCUCCGACCGGCUCACCGAGCCGCCUGAAGUCCCCUUCUAUGGCUGUUCCUUCCCCUGGUUGGGUGCCAUCUCCCAAAGCUACCCUGCCCAGCCCAGGAGUCAACCAGAGCAAGCAGACUCUCAGCAUGAACUCGUCUACUUCCAUGGCAGGACUGGAUCAGGGUUCUCUCCCUUCCGGGCCUCGGAGCAGCUCCUCCGCACCAGCCAGUAACACCUCUAGCACCAUGAAUCCCAACAUGCCUUUUACUUCCUCUCCAGAUCCAUCCCCCUCCCAGAACCCCCUCUCGCUGAUGAUGUCUCAGAUGUCCAAGUAUGCCAUGCCCAGCUCCACACCACUUUAUCACAACGCCAUCAAAACCAUCGCCACCUCUGAUGACGAGCUGCUGCCGGACAGGCCAAUGCUCCCACCUGGAGGCAUGUCAGGCGUGACGGGGAAUCAGCCGAAUCAACUGCACUUGAAUUCCGUGGGGCCCGGAUCCUCUCAGAGCCCCAUGGGAAUGAACCUGCCUGGUCAGCAACCCCUCUCCCAUGAACCACCCCCCACCUCCAUGAUGUCCUCCCCUAACCCUCUGGGCUCCAACAUUCCUAUGCACCCCAGUGCGCCAGGGGCAGGUGUGCCCCCCCAGAACCCCAUGAUGCUGCCCCCGGGGCCCCAGGAUUCGUUGAACCAGCAGUGCGGCCCUGUGCCCAACAGCUCACAGAUGAUUCCUUCCAACCAGCUCGUGUUCCCCCGCAUGCAGCAGCCGCAUGGCGCCAUGCCAUCCCCCGCUGGAGGCAUGCCCCUGGCGCCCAGCGGCGGCCCGGCCAUGCAGCAGCAUUACCCACCGGGGAUGCCCUUGCCACCCGAGGACCUUCCCUCCCAGCAGCCCAGCCAGAUGCCCCCUCAGCAGCACAUGAUGGGCAAGAACAUCCCUCCUCGGAUCGGCGACCCCUACCCACCUGUGCUCCCUGGUGUGGCUUCGGUGCUGAACGACCCUGAGCUCAGCGAGGUCAUCCGCCCCACACCCACCGGCAUCCCCGAGUUUGACCUGUCCAGGAUCAUCCCGUCGGAGAAGCCGAGCAGCACCUUGCAGUAUUUCCCCAAGAGCGACAGCCAGGCCCCCAAAUCGCAGCCUUCCAACCUCCACCUCAUGAACCUGCAGAACAUGAUGGCUGAGCAGGCGCCGGUGCGGGCAGGUAUGAACGCCCCCAGCCUCCCCGGGCAGCAGGGCGUGCAGAGGGGCCUCGGUGUGCCCAUGUGCCACCCCGGACAGAUGCCCAUGCUGGGCAGGACAGGCCUUCCGCCCCAGCAGGGCAUGAUGGGCAACAGCAUGCACCAGGGCAUGAUGUCUCCGCAGCAGAGCCUGAUGGCCCAGCAGAAUUUCAUGCUGAUGCAGGCCAAGCAGAGGAGCAUGUCAGUGUCAGGGGAGAUGUAUGCCCAGACCGGACACGUGAUGUCACCUCAGGGCUCUCUCAUGGGGCCCCCACCUCAGCAGAACCUCAUGGUCACGCACCAGAUGAGGCAGAGGAGUGUCUCCCUAGACAGCCAGAUGAGUUACAUCCCCGGGCCGGGGAACAUGGCGAACCUGCCUUUCUAACCCCGGCUGGUGCUCGGGGGCGGGGGGACAGGGCUGCCUGUACAAACGUUUUUAAACCUUUCUUCGGGGGAGGGUUGGGGGCCAACACCAGUGGAGGACACCACGUGGGAUGAUUUUCAUAUCGGAUUCACCUCUACACAGAAAACCAGAUGUGCAGUAAACUUGAUGUGAAUUGGG